GAGUGUCUACGCAGUCAGUCUUGUCUUGUCUCUGCGUGAGCCAGAUUGCAUCGCUUCGCUCGUGGGACCAAAGCCGGCUACGACGUGAAAGCGAGCGCCGCCGAUCAUUUUGUUGUUUUCAUUUGAGCAGAUUCGCUACCGUUUUCCGAUCUACUGCCGAGGCACACAAAGCCACCUACCGACCGAUAGACGCGUAAUAGAAAACAAAAGAGAGCGGGCAGCGAACAAAUUUGUUUUCGCCCGCUUCUUCUUUUUAUUUUACCGACCAUUGCAUCCGCCACACCAAAGGGGGACCCGGCACAUCAACCAGUAGCAUUCGACGCAGCCCUCAACCUUCCCUGACAUCACAAGCAGCGAUUGAGACUCCCGCCAGCGAGCGUCCGCUUUUAACGGAAUCAGACCACCGUUCGAUGGAAACAGGAGUGUCCCGUUACAGCAGCGUUCCGGAAUGCGACGCACCCAACAUAUCGCUUCUUAGCGAAGAGGCCGACCGCUGCGACGGGUCCGGAGAAGUCAACGACGACUGCUGGCAACAGCUCGAAGCCUUCUGGGGAGCCGAGAAGCACCGCUGUUGCCAACAGCACGAACCGGCCGCCUUCGAGAGCAGCAGCACCGAGAGCCAGCUCGAGAACAGGGACUUCCUCAGCGAGCCACCGCCGCAGGAGUCCUUCGAGGAGCCGUUAGCUAGGAAGGCGACCAAAGGAAACCAGACAGCGGCGGCGAGUGAUUUUUUGUACAUCGUCAGGGGCGAGGACAUUAACGAUGUGCCUACCAGUUACGUGGUCAACGGUAUCAAGCCGCACGAGUUCCCUGUUAUCGGUACCUACGUGGACAAGCGCGUCGUGCCGGGUUUCCGUUACAUAGUGCGCGUCAAUCGCACCUCCCGCUUCCUGUUCGGAGGCCGGCCGCUUCACCUGGAGAGCGUGGGACGGGGCUACGGCAAGCGCAUCACCUUCGAGGCGCCGCCCGGUGGUCUGAACGAGAAUGACAACUUCUUCUACUCGGACACCAUCGCUCAGGGCUACGGCUUCGCCCCGGUCGCCGUUCAGGUCGGAGACCGCUUCCGCGUCCAGGACAGCGAGGGCGAAGAGUGCGGUGACCUGGUGCUUGACGAACUCCUUGGCGAACAGACCGAAGUUUCGUGCGACGUCCGCAAGGAGGACGGUGCCAUCGUCAAGGAUAUCGUGGUCGAGUUCCACGCGAGGUUCCUGUGCGUGAACAACCGACUCCUGGACCGCCAGCUGGUGUGGAACAAGGUCCAACUCAGUGCAACCGCGAGGCUCGUCAAGGCCCGAGGAGCGACCAGGGCGCGACUCGAAAACCUACUGCUGCGAGACUGUCCGCUGGCGGGCUAUGAACUGGUUCCUUUCUCGGGCAAGCGGCAGCGUCUGGUCGACCGCGAGGAAUAGAGAGACCCGAACUUUGCCCUGCUACUUCGUUCAUUGCUGUAGAGAUCUCUUCUGUGGCUCGUACCAACUCACUCCGCACUGCCUUGUCGCUUCCUGAGGUCUCGAAGAGCGCUGAAGGAAAAGCCCCACCGUAAAGGGGCCGAUGCGUAGUCGUUGGGACGUGCACUGGCGUCGUCUAACUUGUUCCGGAGCAUGGUUCAGCGUCCCGGCCUGUUCGCCCCCUAAGGAGCAUGAGCGGUUGUUGUCUCUGCCAUGAAACCAACUUCUGUCAACCUUGCAGACAACCUCAUCUUGCUGACCAAAAAAAAAGCUUCUCCACUGCUGCAUUGCCCUGCUGAAAGGGCGACAGCUACGGAAAGUGCGGGCGUGUGUGACAGGGCGAUCUCCCGGGAUCCCGAAAAAAGACACUAGUGUAGAGGAGAGGGCGUGAGGCUCUGAUUGCAAAGAGAAAGUCUGCGGAUUGUUUCGCGUUUACACGUUGUUCAAUGCCGAUCGCUGGGAAGAGAAUUGAGCGCAGAAGUAUGCGCUCGGUGUGGUAGUCAGCAAGUCUGGCCGUGUCUUCCUGCGGGGAGAGUGAUAUAUUUUUGGAUUGAUUCUACUUCCAGUCCUCGUUUACACAAUACUUAUCAAUGAACUCUGCACGUUUUGUCGAUUCCCAUUUGUUUUAUAUUUUGUUGUUGUUAGACAAGAGGUACCAUACACCUCUCGCCCUACUGCUUUUGUGACUGCAUUGUUAUAAGCGUCUGGUGAGAAACCUGCAUAUUUUACGCGGAUCUUACUCUAUUUUACUUCGGUUCGUCAUCGUCAACCGAGUAACUGGAACCCAUUCCUGUGAACCCCGGCUGACUUGGUUUUGAUGUUGUACGCAUUUAUUUAAUCGGAGAACUCUGUAAUUUAUGCAUCGGCAAGUAAUGUCACGUUUGUGUUUCGUCCUUGCUGCUGCUGGAAUGUCAAAUAAAGGAACAAAUAAACCUA